AGAUGGCGAGUCCCAGAACCAGACGUGUGCUGAAGGAGGUCCGGACUGAAGACGAGAACAACGUGUGUUUCGAGUGCGGCGCCUUUAACCCACAGUGGGUGAGCGUGACGUAUGGCAUCUGGAUCUGUCUGGAGUGUUCGGGCAAACACAGAGGCCUCGGCGUCCACCUCAGCUUUGUACGGUCUGUUUCGAUGGACAAGUGGAAGGACUUGGAGCUGGAGAAGAUGAAGGUGGGAGGAAACAGGAAGUUCCGUAUGUUCCUGGAGCUGCAGGACGACUAUGACCUCAACUGGAGCCUGCAGGAGAAAUACAACAGCAAAGCCGCUGCGCUCUUCAGAGACAAGGUGGCGACGCUGGCUGAAGGGAAGGAGUGGACGAUCGAGAGCUCGUCUGCCAGGAACUGGACUCCUCCACAGGCCAAGAGUGGCCUGAGCGCCGCCCACCGGUCCAGUGCCGCUGCGGGACAGAAUCAGACUCACUCCUCUGAUAAGGCGUUUGAGGACUGGCUGUCUGAUGAUGUCAACUCCUAUCAGAAUAGUUUGGUGUUCUGUGUGUUGAAGGUGGCGACGCUGGCUGAAGGGAAGGAGUGGACGAUCGAGAGCUCGUCUGCCAGGAACUGGACUCCUCCACAGGCCAAGAGUGGCCUGAGCGCCGCCCACCGGUCCAGUGCCGCUGCGGGACAGAAUCAGACUCACUCCUCUGAUAAGGCGUUUGAGGACUGGCUGUCUGAUGAUGUCAACUCCUAUCAGAACAUCCAUCAUUACAUUCAGAUGUUUGAAGACAGAAGGCCUCCACUGACCAAGCAGAGUACCACAAAAUUGGCCAGCCAAGCAACUCUGAAGGCUUCUGAAUUGGGACAGACGUUAAAUGACAGUGUUCUCAAGCCCACACAGGAGAAGGUGAAGGAUGGAAAGUUGUUUGAUGAAAUGGCUGUCAGCAUCACAGGUCUGGCCACAAAGGUUCAGGGUGCAGGCGCUAAAGGCUGGAAGGACAUGACAUCUUUCUUCGGUGGGAAACAAGAGGCCGCUGAUGAUGGUUCUGCUUAUGAAGAAGGAUAUCAGAACCAGGGGCCUAAGCGCGACUUCUGGGAAACCUUUGGUAGUAACUCGGCUCUCAGCGGCAACUCUGUAGAAAGGAGCUCAGAAGACCAGUCCAACAACAAGAAUAGUGCUGCAGACAGCUGGGACACCUGGGACAACGACUGGGAGAAAGCUGGAGAUGACAAGGACAAGAAGAGCACGUCGAAAGCGGCUGAGGACUCUUGGGACAACAGCGGCUGGUAGACCUGCAGAGGGUUUGUGUGUUUGCUUUCAUUGGCCUGUCCUGUACAACACGCAUCACAAACACACCUCUGACUGGACGUGUCCCUCGUUUCGCCUGUCGUUGUUCGUUUCU